AUGGACGAGAGACCAACAAAGAAACGUAGAAAGAGAAAGAUCCGCUGCGAGUUCACGUCCAAUGAGGAGCAAACAUGCAACGGUUGCCAGGCUCGCGGUACCAUCUGUGUUAGUCAAGAAUUCAUCGACGAUGAACCGCAUGGCCAGCCUGAGCGUGGGCUUGCUCAGCGGCUCGGACGACUUGAAGAACUGAUGGUGAAGCUGGCCGACAAAAUGGCUCCGGAUGCAUCAACUGUCAACAAGGCAAACACUCCAGCGUCACUGGCCGAAGGGUCUCUAGGGGCAUCUGAGUCCGACAGUACCCCGCCCGAAUUGGCGAGGCCUUCCAAGCGCGUCACCGUAUCCUCUUCGGUACCCGGUCCGGCACCGACACGCCCGAGACAAGACCGUCCCCGGAGCGGUUGGAAGUACGAGAAAGUAUGCCAAGAGGUCCACGCUGCAUUCCCCUCUCCUCAAGACGCAAACACUAUUGUUCAUUCGAGCAGGGGCCCCGUCUUCGUCUUAUUCAUCUUCUAUUCGUAUCAAGACAUCCUCGACGGCAAGUCUCCGCCGUUGGCCUCUCUCACCACCAUGCUAGACGUUGCCAAGCACCCCGCUCUACUGGCAAAGCACUUACUACAGUUGACCAUCUGUCUUCAACAGCUACCGCCCUCCUUUGAUUCUACUCAACUUGAACUCAGCCAAAAAGGUUCUAUCCAGGACAAGAUGAACGAGUGGGUUACAGUGGCUAGCUUGGUCACUUCGAACGACGAGCUCCUUGGCUCUGUGGAAGGCUUGCAAUGCCUACUCCUUCAGGGGUUUUAUUUGCUCAAUUGUGGGAAUCUUCGAAAGGCGUGGCUCGCAAUGAGAAGAGCGCUGAGCUUAGCGCAGCUGAUGGGAAUUGAGGCGGAUGGUGCACGUCUUCUGAAGUCGUGUGAUCCGACAACCAAUCCGAAUACCAUACCUUCUUCUCAGGCGCUAUGGAGUCGCAUAAACGCCUGUGACCGCUGGAUUUCUCUCCUGCUUGGACUCUCGGCUGGAACGCAGGACAACAGCUUCAUGUCUGAAGAGUUUCUGGCACAGGAUACCCCCAUGGAGAGACUGGAAAAGAAGUACACCGCCGUUGCCCUCCGCGUCAUCGAGAGAAACCGCGUACCGACCAAUGAAGCCUAUGCCAUCACGCAGUCGGUCGACUGCGAGCUCGAAACCGCAGCCAAAGCCAUGGGCAGGGCGUGGUGGGAGAUACCGCUCUUGCCUGACCCCACCGAUACAGCGGCCCAGAUGAGCACCAUGUCGCACCUGAUGCUUCAGAUUCAUCAUCACAGUCUGCUUAUCCUUUUGCACCUUCCAUACAUGCUUCGCAACCAGACGAACAGCCGAUUUGACUACAGCAAGAACACGUGUCUAGAGUCGAGCCGGGCGGUAUUGAAACGUUGCGUCAUCUUCAGAACUGCAAACGAUGCAGCCUUUUCAUGUCGCCAUAUUGACUACUCGUCGCUGAUGGCUUCUAUGACACUUUUACUGGGGCACCUCAGCCGACCUCCCAACGUACGUGAAGAAGACUGGUCAAGACAGCGAAACGAAGACCGAGCACUGGCAGAGACUGUCAUGGCCAAGAUGGAGGAACUGGCCCUCCUGAACGACGACAAGCUGUCCGGUGAAAGUGCAGAAAUCAUCCGACAGCUUCUCCCGAUUGUUGACUGCUGCAACGGCAUGACUUCAAGUCCCUACCCUGAAGCGGCAAGGAACCUGAAGCUUAGCAUUCCAUACCUUGGCGUUAUUAACAUCAAAACAACCGCGAACCAGGCCGCCGAGCCACACACGCUGGAUCUAAGUCACUCGCAGCUUCCCACACCAAGCAACACCACCACCGUCUCAUCUGAAGCCUACCAGGAGACGCCUCCUGCCGUAGCAUUGGAGGUGCUUCUGGGCGAAGACAACACCAUUCCACACGAAGAUUUCUGUGCUGGGUUCAGCGCUGAUUACCUAGGGGGUGGCCAUGCCCUAGCAUCACUGCCGAAGCUGGUGACUGGACCUUCCAGGGCGUUGACACUACAUACUGGUCUCUAUUGA